UCUCAUUUCUUCUUUUUCGUCGACUCCAAAUUUACACGACGUGAUCAUUUCGAGGUACCAAACAUGUUCGCCCUUUCAAAAGUUUUGCGGAGAUCCCAAAGACUCCGACUUGGUGCUUGUAGUACUACUCUUUACUCAAACGAGAUUCAUCAAUCCGGAGAAAGAAGCUUCUUCACUCUUCAAUCCCAUUCCAUUGUACAUGAUCAACUUGAACCCCUUCCAAGAGUUUACAACGCGUCUUCCAUGAGUAACCGUCUACUCUCCUCGAGUACUGGCACUAAGAGUGAUCAAGAAGAAGAUGACCUAGAAGACGGUUUCUCCGAACUGGAAAGCUCAAAGUCAGGCCAAGAGUCUAGUACUAGUAGUAGUAGUGAUGAUGAUAGUGAGGUUGAUGAGGGAAAGCUCUCUGCUGAUGAUGAUGAUGAUGAAGAAGAGGAGCUGGAGAUGGACAUUACUGAAACCGAUGAUAGUAGAAAGACUGUAGAAAAGAAGCUAUCCGACCUUUUUAAAGCCGUUGUUUCUGCAGGUGGUCUCUCUGUUGGUAGUGCACUUGAUAAAUGGGUGGAGGAAGAAGGAAAUGAGAUCAACAGAACUGAGGUUGCUAAGGCUAUGCUUCAGCUACGUAGGCGUCGUAUGUAUGGAAGAGCGUUACAGAUGUCAGAGUGGUUGGAGGCAAAUAAGAAAAUUGAAAUGAAUGAGAGAGACUAUGCUUCUAGGUUAGAUUUGAUUGUUAAGACUCGUGGCUUAGAGAAGGGAGAAGCUUAUGUGGACAAGAUCCCCAAAUCCUUCAGAGGGGAAGUGAUGUACCGUACCCUCUUAGCCAACUGUGUGGUUGCUUGUAAUGUCAAGAAGUCUGAGCUUGUGUUCAACAGAAUGAAGGAUUUGGGAUUCCCUCGCUCUGGUUUCACUUGUGAUCAGAUGCUUCUCCUCUACAAGAGAGUGGAUAGAAAGAAGAUAGCUGAUGUGCUUUUGCUCAUGGAGAAAGAGAAUGUCAAGCCGAGUCUCCUCACUUACAAGAUCUUGAUUGAUGUCAAAGGGUCGUCGAAUGACAUAAAGGGGAUGGAGCAGAUUGUGGAGACGAUGAAAGAUGAAGGUGUUGACCCGGACUUCAGUACACAAGCUAUCAUUGCGAGACACUACUCAGGAGCUGGGCUUAGAGAGAAAGCAGAGAAUGUUUUGAAAGAGAUGGAAGGUGAGAGCUUAGAGGCAAACCGCAGGGCAUUCAAAGAUUUGCUCUCUAUCUAUGCCUCUCUUGGGAGAGAAGAUGAGGUGAGGAGGAUAUGGAAGAUCUGUGAAUCUAAGCCCCAGUUUGAGGAGUCCCUUUCUGCAAUCCAAGCUUUUGGAAAGCUCAAUAAAGUACAAGAGGCAGAGGAGAUCUUUGAGAAGAUUGUCAAGAUGGACAGAAGGGCUUCUUCCAACACUUACUCUGUUCUCCUCAGGGUGUAUGUGGAUCACAAGAUGCUCUCAAAGGGUAAGGAUCUGGUUAAGCGAAUGGCAGAGACCGGUUGCAGGAUUGAGGCAUCGACAUGGGAUGCACUCAUCAGGCUUUACGUGGAAGCAGGGGAAGUUGAGAAGGCUGAUUCUUUGUUGAGCAAGGCAUCAAAACAGAGCCAUACCAAGCUGAUGAUGAGCUCGUUCAUGUACAUCAUGGACGAGUACGCAAAACGGGGAGAUGUUCACAACAGUGAGAAGAUAUUCCUAAAGAUGAGGGAAGUUGGGUAUACAUCUCGGCUUAGGCAGUUCCAGGCACUCUUGCAGGCUUACUUGAACGCCAAAGCCCCUGCGUAUGGGAUGCGAGAUAGAAUGAAGGCUGAUAAUAUAUUUCCAAACAAAGCAAUGGCUGCACAGUUGGCUCAAGGUGAUCCAUUUAAGAAGACAGCCAUCUCUGAUAUUCUGGAUUGAGUUGACUCUUUUCCUACUCCUUUUGUUCUUUCUGUUUUGCUCCAUUUGUCUUCCUAACGUUUAGUUUUGAGGCUUUGCUUAGGUAAUGUUUUUUUAUAAUGUUUCUGCUUGGGUUAUUUGAUGGUCUAUACACUUUAGAAACCGUCCAAGCCUCUCAUAUAAAACCGGGUAGUUUGGUUCUAUGAGUGACUUGCAAUAAAAUGAGAUGGAAUGUUACUCAUCUUUUAACUGAUAAAUAAAUAGAAGACUCCA